AUGUCUCGCUACUUCCCUCACACACCAUACGCCGAAGACCAGCCUCUCUCCCACGUCAUCCUCACAACUCACGUCCUCACCCGCGCCGUCACCACCGGCAGCAUCAUCGGCCUCGUCCUAACCAGCGUCCGCCAAUCCAUCCCCUCCCUCCGCCGUCCCGGCCCUCUGUCCGAGAAACUGCUCCUUUCAGCCACCCGCAGCACAAUCAUCACCACCGCCAUCGUCGGCGUGGGCCUCACGGCGCGGAUGUGGGGCCGGGAACCCAUCGAGUGGCAGGAUCGGAGCUGGAGAUUGCUGGAGAACAGGGGCCAGCUGGAGACGGACGACUGGACGUAUGGGGGCAUGGGAGGGGCGUUGCUGGCGACGGGGGUGAUGGGCGUUAGGGGAGCGGGAGGGCCUGCGAGGUUGGGAUGGCGUGGUGUUUCUGGGGCGGCGGGGAUUGGGAGCGUGGGCGGCAUGAUUGGGUAUAUGGCGUGGAGAUAUGGUAUUAAUGGGGGUAAGUUUGUUGAAAAGGACAAGAAGGGGGAGAGAAAGGGCAUUUGA